AUCCGCGUUGAAACUUAAAAAAUGCACAGACAAGUCUAUAAAACCCAAGAAUAAGUUCUCAGUAAAAUCUUGCAAAACAUACAACACAGAAGAUACAGGCAUAAUAGUAGAAGAAAACAAGAUUCCUCGAGAAGUUUGUUUCUGAUAGAUUUGGGCGUUUUUGUUUCCACAAUUUGGGUUGUCUGGCUUUUGGGUUUUGAAAUUUGGAAGGAGAAAAAUGAUGAUGGGCGGUGGGGGAGAAGGUGAAGGAGGAGGAAUGGGUAUUGGGAUGGGCAUGGGUAUGGGAAUGGGCAUGGGCAUGGGUAUGGGAAUGGGAGGUGUCAUGGCUGCCCUGCCUCUGCAAUUAACCCCCACUGUGGCAAUCUCAGGGGAGCAUGUUAACAACAAUAGUAAUAUCAAUAACAAGAAAGAUGAUAGUAGGAUUCCUCAGUGGGGUUUCCAUGAGACCAAAGAAUUCAUUGCAAUCAGGGCAGAACUUGAGAAGGAUUUUACACAGACAAAGAGGAACAAAACUCUCUGGGAGCUCAUUGCUGCAAAGAUGAAGGAGAAGGGUUACAGGAGAAGCUCAGAACAGUGCAAAUGCAAAUGGAAGAACUUGGUCAAUCGGUACAAGGGUAAGGAGACUUCUGAUCCAGAAAAUGGUAGACAAUGCCCAUUUUUUGAUGAAUUGCAUGCUAUAUUCACAGAACGUGCAAAGAACAUGCAACGACUCUUGCUAGAAUCUGAAGGUGGAAGUGGUCAACCCAAGAAAAAGCUCAAAAGAUUGAAGGGUUUACAGGGGGAGAAAUCUUCAGAUGAAUAUUCUGAUGACGACGAUGAGGAUGAAGAAGAAAGUGAGGAGGAACAACGCCUAAUGAGAAACAAGAAAAGGAAGGCUGAUCGGGAACGUCAGAGAGUGACUGCAGAGAAGAGUCGGGCAAAUAGUAUGCAGGAAGUUCUCCAGGAUUUUUUUCAACAGCAACAGCGCAUAGAAAUGCAGUGGCGUGAAUCUAUUGAAAGGAGAGAACAGGAGAGGCGCAUGGUUGAGCAAGAGUGGCGGCAAGCUAUGGAAAAGCUGGAGCGAGAACGAAUACUUAUGGAGCAAAAUUGGAGAGAGAGAGAAGAGCAAAGGCGCAUUAAGGAAGAAGGACGUGCAGAAAAAAGAGAUGCCCUUUUGAAUGCUUUGCUUAAUAGAUUAAUUCGUGAGGAACUAUGAGUCCCAGACUUCAUGCUUCCAGGUUUUUUCUGCUUAGAGAGGGUCAUACGCAUAACAUAAUUUGAAGGUCCAGAUAUCAUUUAAUGUGCAAUAUUUACCUGCAAUCUUCGUGCAACUUAACUUGUGGGUCCAUGCAGUUUGAAGGUCCAGAUAUCAUUUAAUGUGCAAUAUUUACCUGCAAUCUUCGUGCAACUUAACUUGUGGGUCCAUGCAGUUUAUUUCUUUAUACUGUA